AUGAUUUAUUUAGAAAAUAACCAGAUAACAUCCCUCCCAGGGACUUUGUUCCCUGCUCUCACUCGUCUACAUAUAAACAACAAUCUGAUAACAGCACUCUCAAAUUAUAUACUUUAUGGACUCUAUUCACUUAAAGAACUUGAUCUGUCCAAUAACCGUAUUGUAGUUCUUCAAGAUAAUUUGUUUAGCGGAGUAUCUGCCCUUACCUAUCUUGAUCUGUCGAAAAAUAGAAUAUCUUUUCUUCCAGGUCAGACUGAUGAACUAUUCGAAAAGACUUAUCCAUUUGAUGACCUUUCUGCCCUCACGUAUCUAGAUCUAUCUAACAAUGAAAUAAGAGAUCUUCCAGCGGAUCUUUUUGAUGGAUUAUCUGCCCUUAGCUAUCUAGAUCUGUCUAACAAUGGAAUAAGAGAUCUUCCAGAGGAUCUUUUGGAUGGAUUAUCUGUCCUUAGCUAUCUUGAUUUGUCUAACAAUGAAAUAAUGGGUCUUCCUGGUAAUCUAUUCUAUAGGCUGAUGGAUCUGUCUAACGACAACCCGUUUGAUAGACAAUCUGCUCUUACCUAUUUACAUCUAAAAAACAAUAAGAUAAAAGAGAUCCCAGACCAUGUAUUUUAUGGACUCUUUUCACUGAUAAAACUGGAUCUUUCUCACAAUGAAAUUACAGAUCUUUCAAGUAACCUAUUUGAUGGACUACCUGCUCUGUCCUAUUUACAUCUAGAGAACAAUCAGAUAAGAGUUCUGUCAAAAUACAUUUUUGGUCGACUCUUUAACCUCAGCGAUCUUAUUCUAGAUAACAAUCGGUUAAGAGAAUUUCAAGAAAAUAUCUUUACUGGACUUCAUAGACUUAGAAAUCUGUCUCUAAUUAAUAACGGAUUAACAGCUUUCCCUCGUGAUUCAUUUGAAGAACUAUCUCGACUUGAAGGUAUAUAUCUUGCCAAUAAUAUGUUAUCUGCCUUACCUGUCUUACCUUCGUCUCUAUCCUUCCUGGACAUAUCUUACAAUUCCUUUCUAGAUUUACCAACUGGAACAUUCACCAACAGCAGUAACUUAAAGUUUUUAAAUAUCGUAGGCAACGAGGUUAGAGUUACAGAACACAUAUUUCAAGGUUUAGACCAGCUUUUAAUCUUACUUACUGAUACUCCUUUCAUGUGUUGUGUGAAACCUGAAUCUGUUGACGACGAUCAUUGUGUUAAAGAUUUAUCUGAAAUAGAGAAGUGCAGGUAUAAAGAUGAUUUGUGCUACUCCGAUGCGAUAUCAUCCUGUUAUGACUUGAUUGCUUCCAAUGCACAAAAAAUGUGUCUCUGGAUAAUCGGAGUUUUUGCUUUGAUUGGAAACGUUUUUGUGAUUAUAUAUUCAUUAUAUAUCGCCAAACAUGCCACCACCAUCACCACCUUUUCGAUCUUUGUGCUGUUCCUGAGUAUCUCCGACUGUCUUAUGGGUAUAUACCUACUAAUUAUAGGCGCUGCCGAUGUCCGUUACAGAGGGGUGUACUCGUGGAACAGUCAAGCAUGGAGAGAAAGUCAAAUAUGUACCUUAGCUGGUAUAAUCUUUAAUAUAUCCAGUGAAAUGUCAACUUUUCUUAUUUUAUCAAUAACCAUAGAUAGAGCAUUUCGUACAGUGUUCCCCAUGUCCCUUUAUUCCAGAAAGAAAAUUUCGAGGAAAUUUGCUUUCGCUGCAUCAGGAGUCUUGUGGUUGAUGUCAGUUGUAAUUGCAGUAAUUCCUGCAUUUCCUAGUAAGUUGUACUUUAAAGGAGAAUUUUAUUCUCAAUCAGGGGUGUGUUUCACCUUGCCACUUACAGGAGACAAGCAAUCUGGUUCGGAAUACUCAUUCGCAGUGUUCGUUUGCCUGAACAGUUUCAUCUUUAUAGUUGUAGCCUUAGGAGAGUUUUGUAUGUUUAAAAGUGUAAAGACAAGUGCUGGACUGAUGACACAGACUCGUCAAUUGGAUAUAUAUGUAGCAAGAGUCCUCUUCCUGGUGGUGGCGACCGACUUUUGCUGUUGGUUACCUAUCGGUAUUAUGGGAAUACUGGCAAAAGGGGGAUACACCAUACCGGAUGACGCCUAUGGGUGGGUGAUCUUGUUUGUACUGACGAUCAAUUCUGCCGUCAACCCAUUGCUAAACACUAGUGCAAUUGUUUGGAGGCAGCUAGUACGAGCAAGUUCUUGGGAAAGACAGAGAUUAGGGAGGACAUCAACAGGACAUCAAAUUCGGACAGAUAUAGAGAUGAACACAUUGAGAUUGGACGUGAAAAAUGUUAAUUGUCUCUAGACGUUUUAUGGGAAGAAACCUUUAUCAGUAG